AUGGUUUCAGAUAUUCCGGGGCAUUUUUGCUGAUACUUUCAGAUCAUUGUUUUGGUUGCUGUGUUCUGUUCCCCCGUCUCUGUGAUCAACAUCCGUAUUGUCUCCUAUUCGGUCCUUUCUACAAACCAACCCAGGAAGGUGAGGGACAGCUGACCAGAAAUAUGAAGCACCUAGUGUUACUGCAUUUGCUGUUCUUCUUGCCAGCAUUCUCAGCUUCCAGUUAUGAAAACGUGGCUCUGCGUGGCAAAGCAACUCAGUCUCAACUCUACAGAGCAGAAUGGAGUGCUUUUGCAAUUGCCUCCAAUGCUAUCGAUGGAAACAGAGAUUCUACCUUUUUCGAUGGAUCCUGCACCCACACCCAAACUAUGCUCAACCCCUGGUGGAGAGUGGAUCUACUAGACCGUUAUGUAAUUGACCACGUCGUCAUCACUAACAGAGGAGACUGUUGUGAAGAGAGGAUCAGCGGGGCACAGAUUCGCAUUGGUGACUCUUUAAAGGACAAUGGGAUUGCAAACACACUGGUUGCAACAAUUUCUUCAAUCCCAGCUGGUGGAUCUCAGACUAUAGAAUUUUCUCCUGCAGUGGAGGGGCGUUAUGUGGUUGUUGUAAAUCCAGGUUCAAACAAAAUUCUAACACUCUGUGAAGUGGAGGUCUAUGGUUACCUUGCCCCAACUGGUGAGCAGUGAUCUCAAGCAUCGCUCCUCCAGGUUUUGCUGAAGAAUUUCAGUGUGAAAUAUCAUCACACUGAAGGUAAUUUGGUGACUUAAAUAAAAAAUCAACUAAACAGUG